GCGCACCGUCAUUUGUAUAUUUCAUCGUCACUUCAUUUACUGUUGACACCCGGAAUUUAGCACUCAGUUCUCAAAUCAAACAAACAAUAUGUUUUUAUCGCCAGGCUAAUUCAUAUCAGUGGAGUAAUGUGACGCGUGGCAUUCACUUGCUUUCAUAGGAAUUGCCGCUUGGCUCAGACAUGUCAUCGCCCAAUUCACCAAGCCCCGUGAAGUUGGUGAGGAAAGGGAAAUCGCUCACCAUUGAGCUGAAAAAGGAAGAAGAAAAGUUUAGGAAAAACAAGUAUAGUGAUGUGACUAAAGUGUUGAAGGAAGAAAUAGUCUGUUCAACAUGUGGUAAUGAUCUGAAACAACAUGUUAGAGAAGGAAAUGAUCUUUGUUAUCAUCCUCACCUGAAGGUGCUUAUGUGUGAGAAAUGCAUCAGAGUUUAUAGGGAUUCUGACUUUCCUGUGGAUGAAGAUGGAGAUAAUAAGUGCUGUUCUUGGUGUGGAAAGGAGGGUACUCUUUUUUACUGUUCCAAUUGUUCCUGUGCAUUUUGCAAAAAAUGUAUAAAGGCUAACUUUGGAAAAGAGAUAUUAAGGGAUUUGCAAGACAAGGAUAAGGAUUUUAAUUGCUAUAUUUGUGACCCUAAGCAACUCUAUGAAUGUCGAGCUUUAUGUUAUGCUGCUAUUGAAUGUGCUCGAAACAAAAAGAGGAAGAAGACAACUUUACAAAAGCAAAAGGUACUUGAAAUGGCAGAGAAAAAACGUCUCGGUGUGAAACCCAAGCGUUCAGAGAGACGAAGAGCUGUUGAUACUGAUACUCUAGAUAGUGAUAUUGAGGUUAUCAUGAGUAGUGAUGAAGAAACAAACAAGUGUGAGACUCCUUUAAAUGUCCAGAGGCCGACAAGCACUCAAAAGAGUGUAGUGAAGGUUGACAAGUUAAAGAAGACACACCCUUUAAAACAAUUAGCGAAGAGUGUUGUGAGAGAAAGUUCAGGUGAUUUGACUGAUUCAGACUUUGAACCAAAGAAUUCCCAACGGCUCAAACCUUGUGUACUUACAAAAGGAAGGAAAUCAAAAGAUUCAGGAAGUGAUUCUUCAAGAAAGAAGAAAGAAAAAGAUGAAGCAAGCUCUUCCAAGGAUCCUGUGACAUCUAGCUCCAGCAGCUCAAAAAAUCCUGAGUGGAUGAUUUUGGACUCACAUGCUGAAGACAUUGCUUGUGCAUCUGCGUCUUUGAAUGAACGCAUCGCUAGUUUUCGUGCAAAAUUUGUAGAGCAGAGCUGGGAACCAAGUUUGCUACCAGUGGCAAUUGACAAACUUAAAUUUUACAUCAAGAGAACUGUUCAAAGCCUUCUUGAUGUUCAAGAUAGUUUUGAAUCUUUAAAUUCAGCAACGUUUAAUGGAUCUUCCAGUACAAACCACAGGGAACAUGUUAAAAAAGAAUAUGAUAUUACACACAAUCCUAAUGAUCCUGAAUUGCAAUCUGUGUGUGAUAGGAAGAGUAAAGGAACUGAGUCUGAGAGUGGUGAAACAGAUGAGUUUCAAGAAUCAAACAGGCCUCAAAGAUGUGGUAGUACUGACUCAGAAGGUGAAGGUUCUAAAGGUAUAGGGGACUCAACAGAAAAUGGGGUAGCUUCUGAAUCAGGAGAUGAUCCUGUGCUAGAAAAAGAAACUGCUGAUGAAACUAAUGAUAAUGCUGGUACAUUUGUUUCAAACGGCAAUACUAGCUGUGAUUUGUUUGAAGAUGAAGAUUUUGGGCGUGAUCAAAUACCUAAUCAUAGAGACAGUGAAGUCUGUGCAUCUGAAAAGCAGUGCCAGAAAGAUGGGCUGCCUGAGGUUGAUCCCCAUCAAAGCACUAAGUCAUUGGCAUGUAAAGCUAGUUUGAUGGCCGAUUCAAGCACUGAUUCUGACAGUUCUAGUAUUAAACCAAAUUUUGCCAAGAGCAAGCCCACUGAAGAUGAUGACAAUUCAGAUGUUGGGGAUUUGAAUUUGAGCCGCCUGUCUAGGCCCAGGAAGAGGAAGUUUGACAUAAAGAGUCUUGAUGUGUACAAGACAGAUGUCAAAUUACAAGGCAAAUGGACUGUGAACAUUGAAAAACUACCUUCACAACAAGUAUCAAGACUGUUAGAGAAGGUUGGCUCUUACUAUGAUGCUGAUACUGAAAGUGGCACUCACAGUGAUGACUCUAUUGAUAACUUAACAAACUUAAAUAAUCUGAAAUGGAAACAUAAGGGAAGUGACGAGGAUAGCAAUAAAAUUCUGAAACCAGAGGGAGCUACUAAAAAGAUAAAAGAGAAAAAACAAACUAAAGAAGAAAAAUUAGCUGAUUAUCUCAAUAGAUCAAGUGGUCCAUCUGAUUGUGAAAUGUCAUUUGAGAACCAACCACUUAGUAGUUUCCUGGAUAAAGAAAAGGAUACAAAUUCUCUCAAUGAUGCCAAAAAGAAAUUAUUACUUCAGUCUUCAGACAGUGAAGCCGAACAAUCUGAAGUGUUGAAAAAAGUUAAUGACGAAACUAAAAAAGAUACAGAUCUGCAGAAGAAGAAGGAAUCUAAGAAAGAACCUGAUAGUACAAUAACUGGAGAGGAGGAAAUAAAUACUAUAUCUGACAGUGAAAAUGAUUCAGAUAAAAAGAAAAGUGCGUGGCGGAAAGAUAAAUUACUUACUGGUAAGCUCUCAGACACCGAUACAAGCGAUGAAGAAAGAAGGUGGGAAAAGAAGAAAGCUCAAGCCAAAGAUGAGAGUAGCUCUAGCGACGAUGAAAUAAUUACUCCCAAGAAUAGAAGGAAGGAGUCUCCAAAGAAAACUGACUCUAAAAUAAUAGAGAUAGAGAGUGAUGGCGACACAUCUGAUGAUUUUGUCAAAAAGAAGAGAAAGGUUUUGAGGAAGAAAUCAUCCUCCUCUUCUUCCUCCGAGUCAGAGAAAGCAAAGCCCAAGAAGAAAAGAAGAAGAAUCAAGGUGGCUGACUCAAGCACAGAUUCUGAUGAAGAUGACAAAAAAAAAACUGCUGAUAGUGAGAGUCCCACUAAAGGUAGAAAGAAAAUUAGGCACAUGAUGAAAGAAGAUGAGCUUGAAGAAGGAACAAAGGAAGCUGCUAAGGAGGAGGAAGAACGUCUAAAACGAAUAGCAGCACGUCAAAAAAUGUAUGAAGAACUAUAUGACAAUAUUCAGAAAGAAUUCCAUGUCUUGGAUCAAUUAAUCCUGGAUUUUGAUGAAGAAACGAAGGAGCCUCUUGUUGAAGUGGAUAAAUCCCUUGUGAAAAAAUUAAAGCCUCACCAAGCAAAAGGUGUUAAGUUCAUGUGGGAUGCUUGUUUUGAAUCCUUGAAAAGAACAAAGGAACAAAGCAACAAAGGAUCUGGAUGUAUUUUAGCUCACUGUAUGGGACUGGGAAAAACAUUUCAGGUUGUUACUCUUGUACACACACUAUUUAAACAUCCAGAAACCAAUGUUAACACUGUUCUGGUUGUUUGCCCUGUCAGCACAGUUCUUAAUUGGGUAAAUGAAUUUGAUAAGUGGCUUAGUGGAGUUGAGGAGGGACCCAGUAUCGGAGUUCAUGAAUUGACAAGGUGCAAGCAAAAUAUGGACCGUUCUUAUCGGUUGAGAGAAUGGAGGGAAGAAGGUGGGGUGAUGGUAAUUGGAUAUGAUAUGUAUCGUAAUCUUACCAACCCAGAUUCAAAACGAUUCAGACCCUCUAUUAUGAAAACAUUCCAAGAAAGCCUUGUUGAUCCUGGCCCAGAUUUGGUUAUAUGUGAUGAAGGACAUCUACUGAAAAAUGAAGAUACUGGUAUUUCUAAAGCUAUGACUAGAGUUAAGACUCUUCGUCGUGUAAUUCUCACUGGUACACCCCUUCAAAAUAACUUGAAAGAAUAUCAUUGCAUGGUGCAAUGCAGAACCGCCUGCACCUACAAAACAGGCAGAGUGGUGGGAAACUUAUAUUCAGGAAAAUGACUUUGAAGACUUGAGAGCAAGCCCCAAGAUACAGAUGCUCUUUUCUAUCUUGAAGGACUGUGAAGAAAAUGGUGAAAAAUUGCUUGUUUUCAGUCAGUCUUUGUUUUCAUUGGAUGUUAUUGAGUACUUUCUGGCAAAAGUUGAUGAAGCAACUCAGAAUGAUACUGUGAAUGAGCUUGUAGAUGGCCAUCGAGGCUCUUGGUCACCAGGAAUUGAUUAUUUCCGGCUAGAUGGUUCAACUCCUACUGAACAGCGGAGCCAUUCGUGUAAUAUUUUUAACAAAACAACUAACGUGAGAGCAAGAUUGUUUUUGAUAUCCACGCGAGCUGGUGGCCUUGGAAUUAACCUUGUAGCUGCAAACAGAGUUAUAAUAUUUGAUGCAUCAUGGAACCCAUCCCAUGAUGUACAGAGUAUUUUUAGGGUCUAUCGCUUUGGACAGAAGAAGCCUUGCUUUAUUUACAGAUUUCUCGCUCAGGGUACAAUGGAAGAGAAAAUCUAUGAGCGUCAAGUCACCAAAUUGUCGCUAGCUGGUCGAGUUGUAGAUGAACAUCAGAUAGAGAGAUAUUAUAAAAUGGCUGACCUUCAAGAGUUGUAUCAAUUUACUCCUGCUGACCGCACUUCAUAUGAAUCACCUAAACUCCCCAAGGAUCGGUUGUUUGCCGAAAUUCUUAAAAAACAUGCUGAAUUAAUAGUGAAAUACCAUGAGCAUGACUCUCUUCUGGAAAACAAGGAGGAAGAAGAGCUGAAUGAAGAAGAAAGGAAAGAAGCAUGGGAAGAUUAUGAAAAUGAGAAGAAGGGACCAAUUAGCCAAGUGCAAGCAACCCCUGGUUUAGAACCCUUACCGUCAAUCGAACAGUUUGAAUUAUCUAUCAGAGCCAGGCACCCUGAGAAGUCUGAUGAGGAUGUGAAAAAAGAUGCAGCUGCUGCUCUUAGACAAGCAGCACUACAGCAACAGAGAAUUCGCCAGGAGCACUACAUGCGAAUACAAGCCAUGCAACAAUUGCAAUAUCAACAAUAUCAACAGCAGCAGGAAGCAAUCCAAAAAUCCCAGGCAGUAGCAGCAUAUGCACAACAAGUACAAGCAGCAUUUGCAGCACAGCAGCAGCCUUAUUUGUUUAACAAUUAUAAUCAAGCUCAGGGAUACCUUCAACCGCAAUAUCCUGUGAACCAAGGCUUCGUUAACAUUCUAAACAUGGCAUCACAUUCAAGACAAG